CAGAUGGGCAUCGUCGACAUAUCCAUCCGCCCUAUUUACUGCUCCUCGCUCCAACUCUCUCGCCGCCGUCGUCCUCUCUCGCUGAGUUCGAGACGGGCGCACCAGCUGGUCUCGAGCCACCCCGGAGCUCUAUAUAAACACGCGCCCGCGGCACACCAACCCACACGUCGCCAGGGAGAAAUUAACCGAGAAGAGAGAGGCAAAGCACACACACGCAGUAGCGUUCCUGUGAGGCGCGCUAAUGGCGGCGCAGGAGGAGGAGAAGGCUGCGGGCAGGCGCGCGGGGCCGCACCCGCUGCUGCGCGGGCGGAGGCGGGACGGCAAGUACACGCACGGGCUGCACCCGGCGCAGAUGGAGGCGCUCCGCGCCAUGUGCGGCGCCUUCAUCCCCUCGCUGCCGGCCGAGGAGGCGGGCGCCGGCGGCCGCGCCGACCCGCCCGGCGCCAAGGACCUCGAGCGCUUCUACCUCGCCUCCGCCGCCGACUCCAACAUCCCCGACGAGGUUGCGGAGCUGAUGGUGACGCGGUGCAUACGGGAGGCGGCGCUGCUGGCGUGGGUGGUGCUGUGGGUGCUGAGCACGAGGGUGGGCACGCUGCUGCUGUGCGGCCGGCUGAGCCUCUGCGGCGCCGCCGGCGAGCUGCGCCGGUUCGCGGACAUGCCGGCGGAGCGGCAGGAGGCGGCGCUGCAGCGAUGGAACAGGACGCGCUGGCUCUUCCCGCUCAGGAUCGUCUUCGCCCUCGUCAAGAUCCUCUCCCACUAUGUCUUCUACACCAUGGUCGACGAGAACUCAGAGAAUCCACACUGGAAAGCGAUUGGAUACAGCGUGGAAGAGUGGCAGAGAGACCGAGAUGAAGCGCCCGCCACAUCGCGGCCGCUGGACAAUGGCGUCGUCGAAACCAGAGCGCUGAACGACACCACCCUGCUCAGGUCACUCGCGGACAGGUGGCUCCCCGUGAAGCCGGGCGCGCAGCACACGGUGCAGUGCGAUGCCGUCAUCGUCGGGUCCGGCUGCGGCGGGGGCGUUGCAGCCGCGAUGCUCGCAUCCGCGGGGUACAAGGUGGUCGUCGUUGAGAAGGGCGACUACUUCGCCGCCGACGACUACAGCUCCGUCGAGGGUCCGUCCAUGGAGCGCCUCUUCGAGAAGGGCGGCAUCUUCUGCACGUCCAACGUAACGACCAUGGUGUUCACCGGCUCCACUGUCGGCGGCGGCUCCGCGGUGAACUGGUCGGCCUGCAUCCGCACGCCGGGGGAGGUCUUGCAGGAGUGGUCCCGCGACCACGGGCUCCCGUUGUUCGCGGGCCAGGACUACCAGCAGGCCAUGAACUCGGUGUGUGACCGGCUCGGCGUCACCGACGAGUGCCUGAAGGAAGGGUUCCAGAACAAGGUGCUGCGCCGAGGGUGCGAGGCGCUAGGGCUGCCUGUCGACGCCGUGCCACGUAACUCGUCGGCGGUACACUACUGCGGGAGCUGCAACUUCGGCUGCCCCACCGGCGACAAGCGCGGCACCGACACGACGUGGCUCGUCGACGCCGUCUUGCACGGCGCGGUGAUCCUGACCGGGUGCAAGGCCGAGCGCUUCAUCCUCCAGAGCAACAGCGGCAAGAACGGCCGGAGCAAGAAAUGCGUCGGCCUGUUGGCGACGUGCAUGAGCAACGGCAUCACCAAGAAGCUGCGCAUCGAGGCGAAGGUGUCCAUCUCGGCUUGCGGGGCACUCAUGACGCCUCCGCUGCUGCGCAACAGCGGGCUGAAGAACCGGCACAUCGGCCGGAACCUGCACCUCCACCCGGUGUCCAUGGCGUGGGGCUACUUCCCGGAGAACAAGCAGGCGGUGCCCAUCACCGGCAAGUCCUACGAGGGCGGCAUCAUCACGAGCAUGCACCGCGUCACACCGCGCACCAUCAUCGAGACGCCGGCGCUAGGGCCGGGGGCCUUCGCCGCCAUGGUGCCGUGGGAGUCGGGCCGCGACAUGAAGGAGCGCAUGAGCCGGUACGCGCGCACGGCGCACGCGUUCGCCCUCGUCCGCGACCGCGGCUCGGGGUUCGUAGACUGCGAGGGCCGCCUUCGCUUCACCCCCAGCCGCGACGACGCCCGCGAGCUCCGCAACGGCCUGCGCCACGUGCUGCGCAUCCUGGUGGCCGCCGGUGCGGCGGAGGUGGGCACGCACCGCAGCGACGGGCUCCGGCUGCGGUGCAAGGGCGUGCGCGACGAGGACCUGGAGGCGUUCCUGGACGAGGUGACCAUCGAGAAGGGGCCCAUGCACUCGACGGCGGACAAAUGGGCGGUCUUCUCCUCGGCCCAUCAGAUGGGCAGCUGCCGCAUGGGCUCCAGCCCCAAGGACAGCGCCGUCGACGGCAGCGGCGAGAGCUGGGAGGCCGAGGGCCUGUACGUCUGCGACGGCAGCCUCCUCCCCACCGCGGUCGGCGUCAACCCAAUGAUCACCAUUCAGUCCGUCGCCUACUGCCUCUCCAAGGGCAUCGCCGAGUCCAUGACCAACGGCCAGAAGCACUACUAGAGUACUAUAUGUACUAGCCGAUCGAGUCAGGGGUCGCCAACUCGUGGCGUCAGUUGCUCAGGUGCACUUGUCUGGCAUAAAGGCACUGUAUAUAUAGGAUUCGUUAUUAAGAAAAUGUUAAAUACUCGGUUAUGUUUGUUACUUCUUGGGUCCAUAAAUAUAGCUCGAUUAUAUUUUUUUUAAA